GUCAGGAGUCACAUAGAGGGCGGAGAUGUGAAAGACUGAUCUCAGAAAAAGCUCUCAAGUCCAAAUUUACUUCGUUUUAUGACGUUACGAUUCUCGAUGAUUCUACCUUCAGUCGUGUUCGAGGGUUGGAGAUUUCAUCGUGAAUUCCAUUCGUCAAGCUGACGCUCCGUGAUCGUUCCUUCCACAACAAACCAAACUUCACUUUUGCGCGCAACCAUAACAACAACAACAGCAUACUUUCGCAAACAUUCAUCCAGAUCGCCUAGUAUGGCAGGCCACCUUCCUAGAGGCGCCACAGCCAAGCCCGCCAAAAUCGCUCCCAUUGCGAGCCUUCCACCCGUUUCCGCCAUUCCAAGAAGAUCGGUUGGCUGCGCGGCAUGCAGACAGAGACGCAUUGCAUGUGAUGGCAAACGUCCAAAGUGCAAGAAUUGCGCAGACUAUGGCGCAGACUGUGUGGGUUGGCCGCUUGCCGCUGUGAAUGGUCCAUCUUCCUCGGCUCAUGGUUCCAGUAAUAACUCUACUCCCUCGACACCAACCGCCUCACGCGUUUCUUCGAGACUCCACAACAUCGCUGCCACCAGUCUUGUCGACAAAAUCGACAAACUCCCCAUGAGCAGAGGCAAGAAGAGACCUGCGCCUCCUGCGAUUGAUCGUACCGAUGCUCUCAAGGUGCCCAAGCUGUCUGAUGCCCUUGGUCUCGCACGCAGCAAGACGGUACUUCCGGGAAUCGCUAGAGUCGCUUCCAGCGCUGUUCCAAAGGUGGUCGGUCCUGUGACUGGUUCCCUUACUCCUGGACAGGGCCAGGAUGGUCCUGCUGCCGACGCCGACGACGACGACGAUGCUCGUGUUCUCGCCGCUCGCCAGGAGAGAGAGUGGUCCCCAGGACUCCUUCGUGAGUUCCGCAAGUUGGAAAUGGAGACUUGGAAAUGGGCACUUCCCAGCCCCACUCCUUCGACCGUAUCCGGGCGCGAGAGAAAAGCCGAGGCAGAGAGAGAAUCAUCAGCUCCUUUUAGAGUCGUCAAGAAUAAUGUCACUGCGCCAUCCGACACCGACAUUCCUGCCACGAAGAAGACGCCAGACGACUACAGAGCGAUCGCUCCUGCUCCUGCCACAGUGGUUGACGUCGCUCCUGCCAGAGUGGUUGACGUCGCUCCAGCCAGAGUGGUUGACGUCGCUCCAGCCAGAGUGGUUGACGUUGCUCCUGCCAAAGUGGGUGACAUCGCUCCUGCCAGAGUGAUUGGCAUCGCCCCUGCCGUUGCUGCUCCCGCCACAUCGUUCAAUGGAGCCAGGAUCAAAGUUCCUGAGGGUGCCUUGUCCAAGUUCAAUCGCACAGAACCAACCAAAACACUGGCCAAACCUUCCAACCUCGAUGAAAUGGAUCCUUCGAAGACAAAGAGCGUCAAGACAUCAGUUCCUAGCACCCUCAGCGAGAAGCAAAAGAAGCAAGUCUCAUCCUUACGCGCUGCGAAACGAGCCAUCACUCCACCACCACCUAACAACUUGCUUCGACUCCAUCACGGCCUCGACAAACCCAAGGUCUCCGCUCCCGCUAUGUCAAAGCCUGUUAAACCGACAUUCGGCCUCAGUAAGAUCGUAAGCACGUCCAGCUCACCCAUCGCUGGUCCAGUGAUCCCCCGGAUCUUCGUGGGCCCGCCUAUCCCUGCACAUCCCAUCAAAACCUUCACCCCCCACCUCACCGCGAUCCCUGAAGUGAAGAAUUACUACAACUUCACGACUGCAGAGAUGACGGCUUAUCGUUCAGCCGACACCGCCAGCAUCCACGCCGAACAGCUGGCCAGAGACCGCGAAAGAGACGAAGCCGCUGCCAUCAAGGCCCGUGAGACCGAAAUCCUCAACAACGCCGCCGCUGUGGCAAAGGAAAAGGAUUUGGCAGAGAGAAGUCGUGCACUUUUUGAUGCCGAGGAGCUUGCAAGUGGCACUGAUUGCAGAUACGGUACCUGUGAGAAGAGUCUUGUGGAUUGUGCUUGCGAGGCUCGUGUUCCUCGUCGUAGACUGGAGUGGACUGGUAAAGGCGCUUGGUAAAUGGGCAAGAGGAGUGGUGGACAGGAAAGGUACAAAGACAAAGAGGGCCCGAGACAAAGAAGACGAAAGCGGAAAGACGAGAAUGCAUGAGACGAGCAAGACGAGAUAUGAACGACGAUUGAUGGCUGAUGAAAAACACUUGAUCAAAGAUGAUCAAUGGACGCUCGACAGAAGAGAGACGACACACACGAGUCAACAGAAAGGACUCUUACAUGCUCAGCAACUGUACGCUAGCAUGAAAUCAGAAUUACUCCCCUCUUUAAUCCCUUGUACCAGCGCCUUACAUCACAAUCACCUACAUC